CCCUGGCGGCGCGCAGUGGGUGGCUAUGCUGCUAGGAGAGCGUCGUCCGAGACCAGACUGGUCCAUGUGAUACACUGCGCCUGCAGCCAUCGUCAAAGUGCAGUUUUGCCUUAAUUUGGGUGGUUUCCCACUUCACAUGCAUUCACUAGCUUCAAAUUUGGUGUCCCCAAGGAGUUGGCGUACAAGCUCGUGUGUACAUGAGAGUGCCUCGAUUAAAGGCACAUGGCAGCUGUGAUCGACUCUCGCUGAUUUCAUCGGUUUUACUUGCCUCUCGUUCGUUUUCUAAAGUCAGCUGUGACGCACAAUGAAAGAGACCCAAGACUUGACAACUAUGCCCAAAGUCGUGGAUGACUGCAACGGAACGGAGGUUGCUCCGAUCGAAGGAGCCAAGCCCUGUGAAGAAAAUGGGCCUUGCGAAGGAUAUAAGCCCGGAAAUGAUGAGAGUAUGAGUUCUGAAUCCAUUGAGGAGGAGUACGAUGACGGCGUCGAAGAUGAGACUGGGGAAGUAGGCUCUCUUGGAGAGAAUGACCUCGUCAUUGCAAUUAUGGGAGUGACAGGGUCCGGCAAAAGUACCUUCAUCUCCCUUCUCGCGGAUCAGUCGCUGGAGAUUGGCCACUCUCUCAACUCAUGUACCGUCCACGUCGGGGUGUACAGCUUCUCCCUCGGCGACCAAACGGUCUAUCUCAUCGACACGCCUGGUUUCGAUGACACGAGUCGACCUGACUCGGAGAUUCUCAAGGAUAUUGCCUUCUUUUUUGCCGCCAUCUAUAAAAGACGUGUGCGCCUCGCAGGCAUCGUGUACCUGCAUCGCAUCACCGACACGCGCAUGCCCGGCUCGUCCAUUAAGAAUCUGCACAUAUUACAGAAAAUAUGUGGCGACCGUGGCAUGGCGAGCGUCGUACUGGCAACUACCAUGUGGCAGGUGCUGGACAAGGACAGAGAGAGAGGCAUAGAUAUCGGAGAUCGCCGUGAGAGAGAAUUGCAGCAGCCCGAGUUUUGGGGCGUCAUGAUCGAUCGCGGCAGUCGCAUGGCACGUCACGAUGGUAGUUUCGAGUCCGCCAGACGCAUCAUUGACAGCCUCGUGAAGCCAAUUCAGAGCAGCGACCCUUCCCCGCCAGGCGGUGCAUGUGUCCUCGACAUUCAGGAGGAAAUGGUUGACCAGGAAAAGAACUUGGACGAGACGGCAGCGGGCCAGUUCGUGCAGUCCGGGAUGCUCGAGGCGCGGCGCCGGUUCGAGACCGAAUUGGCAGAGUACAAGGAGAGCAUGGAGCUUGCACUGCAAGAGAAGGACGUUGAGACGUUCGAGCUCCUGCGCCGGGAGAAGGAGAAGGCCGAGACGCUCAUCGCCCAGCGCGAUGCCGACAGCCAGAAGCUCAACGUUUCUCUGGAGCAAUUGGCCCGUGAGAAGGAUGCGCAAUACGAAGCCCUGGCCAAUGCAUUCGAGGAGAAACAGCGACAGCGGCAGGGGGAGACGGCUGACGGGACGGCGGCCGUCUCGCGCCUCCAGCAUGAGCUGAGUACAGUCACUUCCCAGCUCCAAAGCAUGCACAGAAGACUCGAGGGGGCCCAGGGUGAACAAGACCGGGCGAGAGAGCGCGAGCUCCAUUUACUCCAGCGGCAGGCUGAGCUGGAGGACAAGAUCGCUUUGGAGGUCCGUAGGGGCCAGAGCAACCCCGUUGUCGUCUUCUAUCGCAGCUUGAUGACUCUCGUGACCGGGCACGAGACAGAAGAUGAUCCUCACAUUGCUCACGGCGCCUCCAACUCUACAACGCGCAGGCAUCGCGGCAGAGUGAAUGGAGAAAAGCAGAGCAGCCGGCGCAAGGAGAGCCAUCAUCGUCGUCGGUUGCACCGCUCCCGACAAGAUGAGCAACAGUAUUUGAUGGACCACCACUGGUAA